AUGAAUGAUUUCGCCCCUCCCACCGGCCCUCCACCUCCUAAAGUUCCUGCAGGAUACAAAGCAGUAUGGAACGCCGAAUAUAAAGAAUGGUUCUACGUAAACAUCUACACCAAGAAAUCCACUUGGGACAAACCCACCGAAGCUGUCUACUCUUCUGACGACAGCGCUCCCGCCGGUCCACCCCCCGGUUACUCUGGCGGCUCCUCCUCCUACCCGACCGACACAAAAAACAAUCCCUAUGACCCCAGCCCUAACACUGAAAGCGACGCCGAUCUCGCACGUCGCCUGCAAGCUGAAGAAGAUGCUCGCGGAGGUUCUAGCAGCGGUGUUCGCGGCAAUGCUCAGCAGGAUUAUCAAAAUACUGCUAUGCCUUCUUAUGCGUCACAAGAACUACCUCCACGCGAACAGAAAAGGGGAUUCUUUGAUAAACUUUUGGGAAAGACUAGUGGUGGUUCUAGUUCUAGUCCGCCGCAGCAACAGUAUCAACAGCAGUCUAUGCAGCAGCAACAACCGCAAUAUAGUGGUUAUCAGCAGCAGCAGCAAUAUCCACCACAAGGUUAUCAACAGCAAGGUUAUGCGCCCCAAGGAUAUGCGCCGCAGCAGGGUUAUGGAGGUGGAUACCAACAGGCACCGCAGAAGAGUAGCGGAGGGGGAUUGGGUAUGGCUGGAGGUGCAGCUCUAGGAUUGGGUGGAGGAUUAGUCGGUGGAAUGUUACUUGAGAAUGCUAUUCAAGAUCACGAUCAAAACGAAUACAAUCAAGGUUACGAAAAUGGUGCGGAUAAUGGUGGUGGUGGUGGUGGUGACGAUGGAGGAGACUUUGGAGGCGGUGAUGAUGGUGGUGGUGACUUUUAG